CAGGAGGUACGUACUACACAGUACUGUCUGGCAAUGGGCCAGCACACCCGUGGUGUCGUCAGUCGUCAUCCUUAGCGGGUGAUAACGCCGGUCCCGUGCCUUUCCUUCCUCUGAUAACGACAGCAGCUGCCCCAACAACGCAACAGUGCCGGCUGCUGAUCGGCCUGCUCUACUCCUCCGUCUCUUAAACCCUCGCCCUCCCUCUUCCUCUUCCAUCAUCUCAACACAACCAUCCUGACCAUCCAUCAUCGUUUUCUGUAUCUCGCGUCCACACGACCUCUGCUCUUCAUCUCCUAUCCUCGCGCCUAUUCUUCGUCGUCUUUGGCCCCUACUUAUUCCCCACCCUUUUUGUCGUCGCUGGUAGACAUCCACUGACCAUCCUCCAUUCCUUAUCGUCCCUCUCAUUCUCAAGAGACUCUCGGUCACCAUGAGAGGCUUCGCCGCCCUCUCUUUUGCGGCCUGCGCUGCUGCAGCUGUGGUUCCAUCCUUCAGCACCGGCACCAUCCAUGAUGGCGUUGCUCCCAUCCUGAGCUCGUCCAACGCCGACGCCAUCCCCAACCGCUACAUCAUCAAGUUCAAGAAGCAUGUCACUGACUCACACGCCGCCGACCACCACAACUGGCUGAGCUCGGUUCACUCCGCCAACCAGGAGGCCCGUGAGCUUGAGCUGCGCAAGCGUGGUCAGUUCCCUCUCGUCGACACUGUCUUUGAGGGUCUCAAGCACACCUACAAGAUCGGCGGCGCCUUCAUGGGCUACGCCGGCCACUUCGAUGACGCCACUAUUGAGGACAUCCGAAGGCAUCCUGAUGUUGAGGCCAUCGAACAAGACACCGUCGUCCACACGAUGAGGUAUGAAGCUCAGGAGUCCUGCGACGGCGAGACCGAGAAGAUGGCCCCCUGGGGCCUGGCUCGUGUCUCCCACCGCAACCCUCUCUCUUUCGGUACCUUCAACAAAUACCUCUAUGCCGAGGACGGUGGUGAGGGUGUCGACGCCUACGUCAUUGACACCGGCACGAACACGGAGCACGUCGACUUUGAGGGCCGCGCUCACUGGGGCAAGACCAUCCCCAACGGUGAUGCCGACGAAGACGGUAACGGCCAUGGAACACACUGCUCCGGCACUAUUGCCGGAAAGAAGUACGGCGUUGCGAAGAAGGCCAACGUCUACGCCGUCAAGGUACUCCGCUCUAAUGGUAGUGGCACAAUGGCCGAUGUCAUAGCCGGCGUCGACUUUGCUGCCACUUCUCACCAGGAGCAGGUCAAGGCUGCCAAGAACGGCAAGCGCAAGGGCUUCAAGGGUUCCGUGGCCAACAUGUCCCUCGGUGGCGGCAAGACCAAGCUGCUUGACCAGGCUGUGAAUGCUGCCGUCGAUGCCGGCAUUCACUUCGCCGUUGCCGCAGGCAACGACAACGCGGACGCGUGUAACUACUCACCUGCUUCCGCUGACAAGGCCAUCACCGUCGGUGCUUCUGCAAUCGACGACAGCCGUGCCUACUUCUCCAACUACGGAAAAUGCACUGACAUCUUCGCCCCUGGCCUGAGCAUCCAGUCUACAUGGAUCGGAAGCAAGACCGCUGUUAACACCAUCUCGGGAACUUCCAUGGCCUCGCCCCACAUCUGUGGUCUCCUCGCCUACUACCUGUCGCUGCAACCCGCCUCUGACUCCGAGUACUCCGUUGCGGCCAUUACUCCCAAGGAGCUCAAGAGCCAGAUGAUCAGCAUUGCCACCGUCGACGCCCUCUCUGAUAUCCCCAAGGACACUCCCAACCUGCUUGCCUGGAACGGUGGCGGUUGCAGCAACUACACGUCCAUUAUCGAGGGCGGUAGCUACGUCGUCAAGCCCGACGAGAAGAAGCAAAGUGCUGAUGAGAAGGUCCUGGAGUCCGUUUCCGAGCUCGAGAAGGCCAUCGAGAACGACUUCAAGGUCAUUUCUGGCAAAGUCACAUCGGCCGGCGAGUCAUUUGCCAACAAGGCCGAGAAGUUCUCCGAGAAGAUUCACGAGCUUGUCGACGAGGAGCUCAAGGAGUUUCUCGGUGAGAUCCGCGCCUAAUUCGGCAACGUCUGCGGUACUCACGUACUCCGACGAUGUGGUAGGACAGACCAGGCAUGGGCUUUUUGGGCAAUCCCGAGGGCUCCCGGGGAUGCGCAGACCUGGCUUAUUUAGCAUAGUAGUACCGUCAGUGCUACUACGGUUGCUAUAAUUUCACGCAUCAUAAACGGAUUAGGUUUUCCUUGGGUGUUAUCAUUAUGCAAAGUUUGUGUGUCUCGAGAGUGUGACGAAGGGACCGAGGAUGCUGUCGGCAAGAGGACUAAAUAGUGACACUCUCUGAUCCUAGAUCACCGUCAAAUCAAACGUUUUUUCUCGUCUGUCACCCCAAAGUCUCAGGCUGCUGUCACUGUGUUUGAUUUCGACGGGCCAAUCCAUGAUGGCAUGAUUGCACACAGUUGCAAGUAGUUCAGUAUGAUAACGUCUCAUUUGAUCACCGUGCAACCUAAUUCACAAAGCCGGCUAGUAUAUUGGAGCGGGAAAUGAGAUUGACCUCUUACAACAACAGCCCUGGAAUCUUCAGAGACCGGUCGCACCUCAAGUCAAAAAUCAACGAUGGGCUCCCCGAGGGUCCGGCUAUUGAAUAUUUCUUUCAAUAAUC